AGACACACUGGCAGUGUGGCUUUAGUGUUGGCGGGUGUGAAGAUCAGCGAAGAUCAAACCGGCGAGUGCAGGUUGACCUCUGAGCCUCGCUCACUUUUUUCCCUUCAAGGAUACUGCUCGCACUUCUGGGACGCCAUCACAGCACUCCUUCACUGUCCUCAACAACAACCUCGCCAGGGCCCACAAUGUCACAGUUCUGUACAAUGCCAGCUGGAGAGAAGAAGAAGCAUGCGGCAGCUAUUUGUCGAGAGGUCCACAGUACCAACGGUGACGUGAUGGAUCUGGGAAAGAAACACAGCACCCCCAAAGACAUCAUGCUGGAGGAGCUGUCGUUGCUGUCCAACAGAGGCUCCCGACUCUUCAAGAUGCGCCAGAGACGCUCGGAGAAGUACACGUUUGAAAGCAUACAAAAUGAGGCCAAUGCGCAACUGAACAAUGAUAUUCUGGCCCAGCGUGCACACAUGAUUGAAAUUAAAGUGGAUGCGCCAACCAAUGAAGACACCCCAAAUCCAGAUGAGGUUGUUCCAGAUACAAACACAGAGAAGUUGAAUGCCAUCUCUAUGGCCAAAUCCUACCACUCACCCUGGGAGGAGGCCAUCAGCAACGAUCCGGGCCUCGUCGAAACUUUCAAAUUGAGCAUGCCCGCAAUGGACCCUCGACCAGAACUUCCCGAGUACAAAAGCUUCAACCGGGUAGCGACCCCUUAUGGCGGCUUUGAGAAUGUGCCGCGAGGAAUCAAAUUCAAGCUUCCAGAACUGGACCUGAACUCUCUCAAGUACCCGGAGCUCCAGGAUCCGGGAAUGAAGAGACCCACUUUCAACAGAAGCGCCCAAGGAUGGAUAUCAGAGGGCACCCACCUCAUCCUGCCCACAAUCACCCUAGAGUCCGUCCUGGUCCCCGAGUCGGAAGACCUGUGAGGAGGUCUCGGGUCCCGCGGCUACCAUAUUGGGUUCUCCCCACACAACGGACGACGGAAUGUUUCACUCCACUAUCCCUCAGAUGAUUAGUGUGUUUGCUCUACAUUGGGGUAAACGGCAUGUAAAUAGAGAAUGGCAUGUGUUGCAAAUGAUCCUAUGAUAAUUUCCAGAGGUUCUGAACAUGUGAUGUAAAUAAAGAAGACAACUUGUUUGUGGAUGUCACAAAUGUGACAAAUGUGAAGAGCAAGGGUGUGAAGAAAGAUAAACCAUAUUUCCUCAAA